AUUGUGCGGACCAGAGAAUAUUAAUAAUGGCUGUUUUGGUCAGAAAGCUGGCAAAUGGAACUUCAUAUGUUGUUUUCGUCGUUUGCUUUUUCCUUGCAAUGCAGUAUUCAAGAAGUUUAGGUGAGAAAGACUUUUAUCUCAUUCCCAGAGCAAGCCAGUUUAAAAUCAAUAUCUGAGCUUCCAGCGUUUCUGAAAACAAACCCUUCGUUAACAAGUUAGCAGGUGAACUAACGGCAGACAGUAUAUCGAAUGCAAGUAGAAAUUGAAUUCGGACUCGAUUUGUUUUAAAAACUCGUAUAAACGUUCGAGUUAAAAAUUUUCACUUCAAUGCUCUCGUUUCACCAUGCAAAUUUAAAAAACUCUCCGCUGCUCGGAAAGUCAUCCUUUGAACAGCUUAAUAAGUAACUUGCAUAUCACUGAUAUUUAACAAUUAUUCCAGCCAACAAGGCGCGUAGCGCCGAGUGGGCUAAAAUUAUCUCAUACUCCCAAGCAAGAGUGGAAUAAUUGUUUUAUUAAAAACGCCCACAAAAUCUCGAAAAUUCUUCCCGACUUUAUUUGUAAAACAACCGAUUUUCAGCUUGUUUUUAAAUUUUGAGCAGACGCGUACAGUUGCCACAUUUGGAGAGCAUGGCUCAUAUACCAUGUUGACUAACCCAAUCAGAGCUCUAGAAUUGCAUUAUCCAAUUAUUCAGUUUUUAAUAAUAGUGGAUGGUUUAGAGGCCUUUUCUCUCUUACUAUCGAUAAAAAGUGCAAUGUUUAGUGACUUUGGACAAAGUAGUGGCGAAAAGAAAAGAAAAACGAUCAACUUUUCACACCAAAUUAUAACCUGUAAAAAUUAAUGUGUAUAAAACUGGAGGGAAAAUGGGAGCCCGAAAUCGCUACUAUUUGGAAAAAGGUCGACGCUUUAUAAAGAAAUUUAUGCUCUUAAGUACAAAUUGUUCUAUUGUGCUUGAUAUUAAUGUCGCUCCGCGCUGCAUUAUCGAGGACGAAAUCUUUAGACUGACUAAUCUAAUGAAUCUUCAUGUGGGUGAAAACAGUUUUAGGGUGGACUAAUGCAACUAGAGCUUAUAGCCGUCGCAUUUCUAAAUUUUUAUCCUUUAAAACAACUGAAGCGCACUAUAUUUAUUAAACAUUCAUUAAUAAAUAACAAAGUCAUAUAAGAUAACAUUAUUAAAACCUAAAGGAACUUUUGUGACAGAAGAUCACUAUAUCCUCCAUUAGCUAUCAAAGGCGCCGUUUUGAUCACAUUUUGUUUUUUACUUUUAAUGUUUUUCAAACGGGCCAUAAUAUAUACUGUCUAUUUAUACCAGCUGUGGAGGAAUGCCGCAUUAUUAUGUCCAAGGAACCAACACCCAACACAGUCAUAGAGGGCCACUUAAUCAGCAGGGCAGAGGUGCUUAACGAAGGGAGCUGUCGAGUGAAGUGUUAUAUGGAGCCCAAUUGCGUGUCCAUAAAUAUGGGGCCAUCAAUAGGUGGUAAAACCAUAUGUGAACUGAAUAAUGUCACUGGUGAAAAUGAAUUUGCUGCUGCACUAAAGUACAAAGCUGCGCACACUUAUCUGGCAAUCGAGGUAAAACCAGCUUUAUUCUAAAGUGAUGGAAUUAUGACUAAAAUACUUAGGAUAAUCGGAGAAUUUUGUUAUUUCCGUAAAUUUGCUAGUUUAUAGAAACAAAAAUAGAGAACCAACAUCAUCAUUAUUAGGAUCAUUGUCACUUUUAGUUUCAUUAUUAUACACUGUAGUCACCAUCUGUCUUCUCAUCGGCUAAAAGCCUACAGUUAAUCCUGGGAAACAGCGCAACCUACAGAUUAUUCACUAAUCUGUACCUACAGAUUAAUGAAUAAUCUGUAGGUUGCGCGCGCAAUGCAUGAUUUCCAAGAGCAAUGUCAAGUGCACGGACAGCAAUGUCAAGUUCGCGGACAGCGAAGCAAGAAUGGCUUCUCGAUUCGCUUCAUCGAGCCAGCAAGAAAUUGAGAAAUUACUUGAAGAUAAAGUAUAAUAAAACAAUUAUUAGAUUCGGCUUUUGUGAUAUCCGGAAUAAUCAAGGUCUCGGUUAGGGUUAUCAGCCUCAGCCUUCGGCUUCUGCUGAUAACACUUACCUCGACCUUAAUUAUUCCGGAUAUCACAAAAACCUCAUCCAAUAAUUGUUUAUUAUUCGUGUUAUCGUCAUCAUUAUCACUAUCAUCAGCAUCAUAAUAAUCACUGCUAGCAUUAUUUCCAUGUAUUAUUGUCAUCAUCAUUUUAAUUCAUUUUGUAGAUCUGGAUGCCUGGUAUAAUAAAAGAAAAAGGAAGAAAACAAGUUUUAUUGCCAUUUAUCCACAUUUAUUCGAUGGGACUGUGUAUGAUAAGAAGAAUUAUGCAGAUCGACGCGGCCUCUGCGGUUUUAAACAACCUCCGAUAUCUACAUAAUUCUUAAUAUCAUAUUUAAAAUAUUUUUCAGCUCCAAGAGUAAAUACCGUUAUGCAAAGAGCCUCCCUCUUUAAAUCAUUUGGCUGAUCCAUGGAAUUUUUAGAAUAUGAAGGGCGUUUAUUCAAGCAGACAUCCUGCACAUUGCGGAUGUAUUUCCAGGAGUAGUAGUUUUGUCUAUUCUCCUUGUUUUUUUUUUGUUGUGAGCCAGUAGUUUAGCAAUUCCAUGUUCUCAUAGCGUGUGAAAUCUUCCGUCCAAGUUGAAAAGAUCUGCACUGGGACGUCAAUUGUAUUGAUAUUGAAAAACUGGGGAAUUUAAGCCAAUCAGAGAACAAUGCAUCGCUCGUUAUUGUUAUUGUUACCAUUACUGGACCUGGACUAUCGUUGUGACAUUAACUCGUCUAUCUUUUCUUCAGAAUCCCUGCAGUAGUAGUCCAUGUCUGAACAAUGGCACAUGCCAAGCUGGAUUCACAAGAAAAGGAUUUCGUUGCAGAUGUCUUAAAGGAUUCAUCGGAAGUUUUUGCGACCGGAUAGGUAUGGCUCAGUCCCAUGAACAGAUAACUCUAUUGGUCCUAAUUGUUAAGUUUUUUUGUAGUUAACUUGACAAAAUAUCCAGACAUUUGUAUUAGUAAUAAAACUUUUAAACCAUUGUUUCUUAGCAUGUCAUUGUCGUAUGUUCUUUCGUAGAUUAGACCGAAAUUAUUACUGUGCCGUAUAACUAAAGUUUAUUUAUUCAUUUUUUUCAAUUAUCAAAAAGAAAAAAAUAUGCAGAUUCAGUUGUUUCCUAGAUUAGUUUAUACGAAAAGGAUUGCAGCUUUCAGCAUGACUACAACUUGAUCUGUGAUGCAAUUAUUCAAUUCCUUUUAGCAAAAUCGUGCAGCCAUCUUAAAAAACUGGACCAUGUAGCGGCGAGUGGAAGUUACGUCAUUGAUCCUGACGGUGAGGGAGGCUUGCCACCUAUGUAUGACGUGACUUGUGACAUGAAAGACAAGGAUGGCGUUGGCGUGACUGUCAUUAGUCACGACAGUGAAAGCAGGACAUUGGUGAAGGAUUAUGAAGGCCCAGGCAGCUACUCACGUGACAUCUCUUACACAGGAGCGAGUCUGUCUCAGCUCGCGAGUCUCACCAAUGUCUCGUCACACUGUGAACAGUUCAUCAAGUAUGAGUGUAAAGGAUCGGCCUUAAACAAAAGUGAGAAAAAGCUUGGAUGGUGGGUGUCUCGCAGUUCUUCUAAGAUGUUGUAUUGGGGAGGGGCUACUCCCGGCAGUGGUAAAUGCGCAUGUGGGAUGAACAACACAUGUGCAGGCUAUAAGAAUUAUGUUUGCAACUGUGAUAAAAACGAUGAUAAAUGGCGUGAGGACAGCGGUGUCCUUACGGACAAGACAAAACUUCCAGUCAUACAACUCAAGUUUGGAGACACUCGUUCUCAUAGUAAUAGAAGCGAGGAGGGAUACCACACGCUUGGGAAACUUAAGUGUUUUGGAACAGAACUAACGCCCAUAGAUCCCUCUUAGGGCAUUCAAACAAGUUCAGUAAGUUAUCAGGGACGGAAUUUUGAACCCAGAAGCCACAUAUUCGGAGGUCAGGGUCGCAAACAAACAAAUUCCCAGACGUUUUACCGUCAACUCUCUGUA